UUAUAAUCAACAUAAAGUGUUUAUACUCUUGGACUGAAAUCUAUACUAUCGUGAUUAAAAUGAGUCCAAGACCUUUAUCGUCGUAAAAUAUCAGAAAUUUAUGCCGACUUGUUCAAAUAAAAUUUCUUACUUUCUAAGCACCUCAAACAAAACAUGGUUGGGAGAUAACAUCUCAAGAAAUUCUAAACCGUGAAAAAGUAAUAUUAUUUCCCUAAAAAAGGUUAAAAUGCCACUAUUUAAAUCAUAAUUUCCUUCAAUGCCAACCAUGAACAAAAGCUUCUCACUCCCAUACACACCCGGGGAAACCUAUCGUUGCUCCAAUAAUGGCGACCCUAAAAAUUGUGACGCUUUUCAUUCUUGCGACACUUUUUAUGUGUUCAUUGACUAUUAGAGAAGCUGAAGCUCAAGAUGAUGUGAUUGGAAAUAUAGGCACAGAUGCAGGAGGAGAUGAUGCUACUGCUGCGCCAAUCGAUGUACAACCUGCCAAGCCUAACGACCAAGUUGUUCAACCAGUAAAUCCUCAACAGGGUGCUGGUGAUACUGGACCUGUUGAGAAAGGAGACGAUAAAAAGAAAGAGGCCGCGAAAGUAAAAAAGAAUGACGAUAAAAAAGAUGAUGAUAAAAAGGAGGCCAAGAAGAGUGACGACGAGAAGGAUGACAAGCAAGAUGACGAUAAACAUACUAAGAGCAAGAAAGAUCAUGAUAAGAAGAUAAAGAGCAAGAAGGACGAUGAAAAGCAUGACAAGAAAGAUAAACACUCAAAGAAGGAAAAGCACGAAAAAGAUGAAGAUAAGGAUGUCAAACACUCAAAGAAGAAAAGCCACAAACACGAGAAAGACGAUGACGAGAAAGACCAUAAGAAAAAGGACGACGAGAAGGAGAAAGAGAAGGAGAAGAAGAAGAAGAAGGAGAAGAAGAAUGAUGAUGAUGAUGAUGAGAAAGAUGGCAAAGAUGAGAAAAAGAAGAAGAAAGAUGAUGAUAAAGAAGAGAAAAAAGGCGAUUCCAAAAAGGAUGAGAAGAAAGAUAAGAAGGAUGAUGAUAAAAAGGAGAAUAAAGGUGAUUCCAAGAAGGAUGACAAGAAAGAUAAGAAGGAUGAUGAUAAAAAGGAGAAAAAAGGUGAUUCCAAGAAGGAUGACAAGAAAGAUAAGAAGAAGGACAGAGACGACGAAAAGGAGAGUGACGACAAAGAAACCAAAAAAGAUGGUGGCAAAGCUGAAGACCACACCGCAAGAAAGAUGAAGUAGGUAAAUUAAGUGAAAGAAAAGUAAUAGCUAUCUUGGAUAUGAAGAAUAAACUAAAUAUUUCCAGGAUUAUAUAUUUCCAUGAUAAUAUAUAUCAACAUGUAAAAUAAAAUCAUCUUCAAUUUGGUGCUUUUGUAGUUUCUUAGGUGUCUUAUUUUCCUCUAUUCUUAUGUAAUUAUUAAAUGCACGAUCUCGGUGCAUAAGAUCAUUAAAAUUUGUUGAUUUGU